GUCACGAAAUCGGGCGGCGCACAUUUCCUCCCUUCUUGAGCUACCGAAUCUCGGCCAAGGUCAUUUUGAUUGCCUUUCUCACAAGUGGAGUUCGAAUGUCAGAGACGAUGUGGCGUUCCUUUGAUGAAAAUGCAUCUCCGUCUUGCUGGAGAAGAAAAUCGAGCUCAUCAAUGUAGUCCAAGUAAUGCUACAUCGCCGCCUCCUUCCCUUUCAACGUCGGGCUACUCCGGUGUGGGUUACAAUCUGAACGAUCCGGCCACCGUGCAGAACUUUUUCCGCAUUACCCACGAGAAAUUGUGCAAGGUGAUGUUCAAGCCUCGGAAGACUUGGCCAGCUGAAAAGGAAGACAUCGGUAUCACCAUUAUCAACCCUCUGAGACCGAUUUCGAUGAAAAAGUCUCGGCAGAUCAACUGUCCGAUGCCCUUGCCCGAGGACCCCAAGACGGUCUUAUUGACAACAACCAUGCUGGUCGAGAAGCCGUACAUGGCUUCGAAGGAGAAGGACGAGAAGAAGAAGGAGAAGAAAAAGGCCCGAGAGGGUCUUCGAUCGAAGGGUCCAUCGGACACCAGGUCCGAAGACACGUUUGCUCCCUCCAAUCUGAAGGGAGAAGAGGGAGAAGAUGAUGAGGAGGAGAGUGGAUACUCCCACACAAAGAAGAGGGCAGCGUCCGAAGACAUCGAGGGAGAUCUAGUUCCCUCUGCCCCGAAGAGGCAAUGCAGGGCCCCACUGGCCAUGUUCGAUGAUGUUUCAGAUUCCAACGAGGAAUCUGAGGAUUUUGAAUUGGUCCCUCGAAGGACCCUCGGGGUGAAACCCUAAUC